AUGGACUCAGGAUCCAAAUGGAAGGCGACAGCCUUGCUAACUUGGCUUCUAGCCGCGGAAUCAGUCAAUUGUUUACCACGUGUGGACACUGCAGUGGAAAGUAUACUGCAAGGAACUGCCACAAGGCGUGAUACGGCUUAUAGUACUCAAUAUCCACCUGCGAACGAGGAGGAUAGACUUUUUAUUCCGGAGUCUCAACCUGAAUAUCGUGUGGCUUUGGAGACCGACGGCCGUCCCCAGAAGCCUCCAUUCCCCCAAUUUCACCUCGAAAGAUUUGUUCAGGGGUUGGAGGACUUGCUAGGUGUCUCAGAGCCAACUACUGAUUCGGAACCAAUUGCUGCGACAGAAACUGCUCCUGUCUCAACGGCUUCACAAGAGGAGUCUCAAGUCUCGGCAGUGACUGUUCCAACUGUUGUAACUACUUCACGGGUAUCGAAAAGCAAACAAGCUGCAACUUCGGCAACAGGACCCAUUCCAACACAUACAGUUCCUACUAUCCCUCAUCACGUUAAACCAGUUCAUUCUCAGGUCGUGGAUGGUCAAGAUAUCUUCGAACCUGUUGCUACAGGAGCUGUUCCUAUCAAUAUCAAGUCUAGACAUGAUCACCCCGUGCAGAACAAGCAUGCCAAUACCACUGGCCCAAUUGAGACCAACAAGUUCUACGCUGGGCUGUUCCUGGGUACUCAGACCAAUGCGUCCUUCGCGCAACCCUAUUCCUUGGCAUGGUCCAAGGGCGGUGGAUCCCUGAAGAGCUGGGGUAUGGGUAUUUCUCAUAUACAACCUCACAUGCUUGCCUUCGGUCCUAAGAACGAUAAGAUUCCUGGAGAGCCGGUGUCAUACUACAUCAAUCCUGUUGGACUUCAGCACCUCAUUCUCUCAGCAACUGAGCUCGAUGAGUCCAGUGUCUUGGAAACCGAUGAUCCCAAGGCUUUCUCUGCCCAUGCUGUCCUGAAGCGCUCCGGAGGUUCUGCCCAGAAGAUAACUUUCCCCAUUGUGCAGGGCAUGGGCUAUACGACUGCCAUAUACAAUGACCUGCAGCCUCUUAUUGAGAGCGGUGUCUUCUUCCGUAAGGUUGUCGAUGUUGGUUCGACAAGCCACGGUAUCUUCAAGUACAAGGUUGAUCUUCAAGAUGACACUACUUGGCUCAUGUAUGUGACUCCGGCCGAUGAAAAAGACCCCAAGUUCAAGCUAGUUUCAAAGUCCAGCUUGCGUGGUCCCCACGGUUUCUCUGGUACCAUCCAGCUUGCCAAGAACCCAGCUGGUAAAUCUGGCGAGAAGGUCUACGACAACUCGGCUGGCGUGUACCCUGUCUCCGGAGAAAUUGCUGGCUCCGUUAGUGAUGAUGAAGGUAGCUACAGCCUGUCCUGGACCAAGGCUGGAAAGCAUGUCAAGAACACCCCCCUGCUCAUGUUCGCUCUGCCCCAUCACGUCCACUCUUUCGACGAGGAAACCAAAGACCGUGUCACAGAUAUCCACCUCCGCAGUACCACAAAGGGUAACACCACAGCUGUUAUUGGAGAAAGCUGGACCAUGACAGAGGAGGAUCUCCCUAUUGAUAUGAGCUUCGCUCCUUGGACAGCCACCCACGGUAGUGUGCACAACCUCUCAGCCACCGCCCAGCGCGCCAUUCUCAAGGCCGCCCCCCACGAACUCAAGCAGAACAUCUCCGAGCAGACCGAUUUGAAUAGUAUGUAUUACAGUGGCAAGGCUCUGAGCAAGUUCGCAACCCUGGUCUACACCGUCAACCAGCUCGGCAACAAUGUCGACCUAGCCGCAGACGCCUUCCAAGAAGUAAAGAAAGCCUUUGCCCGCUUCGUAGACAACAAGCAACAAUAUCCACUCGCCUACGAUACCGUCUGGAAGGGUGUCGUCUCAACAGCCGGCUACGACGGCGACCUCAACCAAGAUUUUGGAAACACAGCCUACAACGAUCAUCACUUCCACUACGGCUACUUCAUUCAAGCAGCGGCAGUUAUUGGUGCCCUUGACCCCAGCUGGCUGGCUGAGAACAAGGAAUGGGUUAAUAUGCUUGUUCGUGAUGCGGGCAACCCCGUCGACGACGAUCCUUACUUCCCCUUCUCGCGCUCAUUUGAUUGGUACAAUGGUCACUCGUGGGCUAAGGGUCUUUUCGAGUCGUACGAUGGAAAAGAUCAAGAAUCUACUUCCGAGGACACCAUGUUCGCGUAUGCUAUCAAGCUGUGGGGACAGACCAGCGGCGACGCAAGCAUGGAAGCGCGUGGUAACAUGAUGCUGGGUAUUUUGGGUCGCUCACUCAACAAUUACUUCCUCAUGGAAGAUGACAAUGUGAACCAGCCAGCGAACUUUAUCAAGAACAAGGUUUCUGGAAUUCUAUUCGAAAACAAGGUCGACCACACAACCUACUUUGGAGCAGACCUGGAACUUGUUCAAGGAAUCCACAUGCUCCCAUUGAUGCCUCAUAGCCCCUUCACCCGCCGCAAGGAGUUCGUCCGCCAGGAAUGGAACAGCAUGUUCGCGGCGAACGCCUCCAAACCUGCCGAUACGGUCGAGGGCGGAUGGAAGGGCGUCCUUUACGCCAAUCUAGCCCUCAUCGAUCCCAAAGCCUCUUGGGAGUUCUUUACCCAGUCGGAGUUUGAUUAUAGCUGGAUUGAUGGCGGUGCUACGCGUACCUGGUAUCUGGCCUUUGCAGCCGGUCUUGGUGGUGCGCCGUGA